CGUCACAGACAUGUGUGUGACAAAAAUGGUUGCCAUUUAACAGCUGGCACUUAUUUUUUUAAUUACAUAUUAACCAAUAUACUUUUUAAUAAAGAGUAGUGGUAUGGCGUCAGUUUUAGAUUUGGUAAAACAUUACCAACAUUCUAUUGAGAAAUAUCCAAAUGAUGAGCAAAAAGUUUUAAAAUGUAUAGACAAAUUGUAUAACCUGACUGUGACGGUACAACACUUGCAAGAGACAGGUGUAGGUCGUACAGUAAAUGCUCUUCGUAAAGAACCAGGUGAUGUGGGCCAAGCAGCCCGAGCACUUGUUUACAAAUGGAAGACAAUGGUAGCAGCAGAAGAAAGUGACCAAGAAGAACACAAAAAUGACACUACAAACCAUAAUGGACAUGAAAAUGGAAAAUACUAUGAAAAUGAUUCUAGAAGUAAGCAUGACAAGCAUGAAAGAUCACAAAAAGCACCAAAGACUGAAGAAAAACAUCAUAAGCACACAAAUGGAGAUUAUGGAAAUAAGAGAAAAUAUCAAAGCAGUGAGGACGAAGAAGCUGAGACAAAAAAAUGUAAAUACUCAAGUACAAAAGAUAAUGGCUAUAAAGGAAAAACGGAAACUAAAACGACCCGAGAGUCAUCUGAAAGUGAAAUGGACAGCCAAGAUGAUAGUUCUCAAAGUGAAUCUGAAAGUGAGAACUCACAAUCAUCCGAAGAAGAAAGAAAACCUGAAGUCAAGGUGGUGAGGGAGAAUUAUCAAUCUUCGUCAACUAAACAUAUACCAAGUAAUCGAGAUAAACAUAGACAUGAUUCAUAUUCUGAAAAUAUAAAGGAAAAAUCAGAAAAACACCAGAAACCGACGAGCUCAGAUGUAAAACAUUUAUCAGAAAAAGUAUCUUCAAGAGACAAGUCACAUAUUUCCCAUUCACAUAAGAGUUCCAAAGAAAGUGAAAAUAAUAUGGAGAAAAAAGAAAGGGAACACAGGCCACUAGAGACAGAAAAGAGGCAUCAAAGCGAAUCUGCUAGUAGACAUUCAGAUAAACAUCGAUCCUCGCAUAGCUCUGAAAAGCUGAAGUCCAGUAGUAGUUCCGAUAAACAUCGAUCCAGUAGCAGUUCGGAAAAACAAAAAACCACCAGUAACUCUGAAAAACACAAAUCCAGUAAUAAUUUAGAAAAACAAAAGAGUAGUAGUUCAGAUAAACAUAAAUCAAAUACAACAGAGAAACACAAGAGUCAUUCAGACAAAGCUCAUUCUAGCAAAUCUGAUAAAGAUAAACACAAACUAUCAUCUGAAAAGGAACUUUCACAUGAUAAACACAAUUCAAAAGAAAGUAGUACUAGCAAUAGCACUAAAGAUAAGCACACUUCAUCAAGUAGAGAAAAAAUAAAAGAUAAAAGUAGUUCUUCAAAGGAAAAAGACCAUAGUAGCAAAAGUGAUAGGAAGCAUUCAUCAUCAAAAGACUCGAAAAGCGGUGAUGAAAAAAGAAAAUCUGAUAGCAGUAAUAAAGAGAAAAGUAGUAGAAAGAAUAAAGAUAAAUCUUCAAGUAAGUCUAGUAGUAAUAAGUCUAAAGAUGGGGAACCAAAGAAAAAAGAAAGUGGCGGGGAUAGCGACGACGGUAUAGAUUGUGGCUCAGGUGCUAGCUUUGCUGAAGCAUUAGGCAUGGUUAGUCCUGCCAAGCCGAAAAAAAAAUCAGUUUUUGCAAAGGAUAGUACAUCGCCGAAUUCAAAUGAUGAUAUGAGUCCGGCUACGUUAUUGGCGCCAACUGCGAAGCUGGCUCCGCUGCCAUCACUGGAAAUAUCUGCACUUCCUGAGAUAUCACCGAACUACAGACCCCGACCACCGCCCAAGUUCCUGCCCCAUUUCACAGAUGAUGAUGCCAUGAACGCUGGUAUAUCAUCUAAGAACCAAAGAACAAAAGUAUACUCCGGCAACAAAGUAAUUGGCAAAAUUCCUACAUUGUACGAAAUGUGUGUACAUAUACUCCAAGAACACAUUGACUCUCUUGAAUAUACUGGAGGUGUUCCAUAUGAUAUACUAAAACCUGUUGUCGAUCGAGCAACGGCGCAACAACUUUUUGUAUUGGAGCACUAUAAUCCUUACCUGAUGGAAGAUACAGAUCACCUUUGGCAGAAAUUCUGUGAAAAAAAUUUUAGAAACAAAAAGCGACAAGAAAUGGAAACAUGGCGGGAAAUGUAUAUGAGAUGUCAAGAGGAACAGGAAAUUAAACUUAAGUCACUUACUGCUAAUAUUAGAAUCGCUCAAGAGGCGAAAAAAGCACCUAUCAAGCAAACUAAAAUGGCCUAUGUUGACUCUGUUGUUAAACCACCACGAAACAUUGCAAAAAAACAAGCACAACAUGGGACAGCAUUUGCAGCAACAGCCAGCCCUGCAGCCAGAGUAGCAUCCUUGGCUGCAGCACCAAAUGUCCUCAGAGGUGGACGACCUACACCUGUGCCAACCGUAUCUACAUCAUCCUCUUUCAAACCUAAGAAAGCACCACUUAUGCAGAAAGCCUUGCAGUUCUUACGUGGACGAAAACGAUGAUUAUUACACCCAUUUAUCUCAGGGUAUGUUUUAAAGUUUCUGCCUUAUAUAUAAAUAUUGUCUAUUUCAUUUAAAAGUAGAAACGGUAAAGUUAGAAUUCACUACCUAAAGACUUUUUUAUAAGAUCAUCAUGGUGUAUAGAGUUUAGAAUAUUAGAUAUCAUCAUUUAAAAUUAAAUAAGUCAUUUUUAUAUAUUAAAUAAUUAAUAUGGUCUACUUACAUUUGGCUUCUAACACUUUCUAAAGCAUCAUUAUGGUUUUUAUUAUUAGGGAUAAAGCUAAUUACCCAAAUUGUAGCAAGUAAUGUGCAAAAAAACUUGUUAUAAUAAAAUAUUGUAACAGGCAAGCACUCUUUAUAAAACAAUUGUUUGAAUCAAAUACCUACUUAUAAUAUAUCAAUUUAAGAACACAAUGUAUUCUUACAAGUUUAAUUAAUCUGUAAUUGGAAAUUUCACUGCAGAACAAUAUAUUUUUACAUUUUACAUAAUAGGUUCCAUUUAACUUAAAUCAAAAACAUAAUAGUAAAUUCUAAGUUUGGGUAAUUAUAU